GCACUCUGAGAAUCUCUAACCUGACAGAGAGCGACUCAGCUGUGUACAAGUUCAUGUUCACAACAAACCAACCUCGAUGGAGUUUUGGUGGUUCAGCUGGAGUCACUCUGUCUGUCACAGACCCUCAGCUCCAGGUACAUGUGAGGAGAUCAACAGCCAAUCCAUCUUCUACCUGGACAGAGCUGACCUGUCACAGCAGCUGUCAGCUCCCUGAUCAUCUUUCCUACGUUUGGUACAAUAACAAUAAACCUGUUGGACGAAAAAAAUACUUUCACCUCCGACACUUAAAUUCUGAAGACAGCUUUCACUGUGCUAUAGAAGGACAGGAGCGUUUCCCUUCUCCUACAUUGUAUGCUCCAAAGGUUCCCUCUGUGUCAGUGAGUCCCUCUGGUGAGAUCAUGGAGGGCAGCUCAGUGACUCUGACCUGCAGCAGUGAUGCUAACCCAGCAGCUCACUACACCUGGUACAAGAGAAGUGGAGACAAACAAGUUCAACGUCUCAGUGAAGAGACACAAUUUGUCCUCAGCUCCAUCCGGUCGUCAGACUCUGGAGAGUAUUACUGCACAGCUGAGAAUGAGCUGGAAAGGAGUUCAGCAAACAUCUUUAUUACUGUGACAUACGCUCCAAAGCCUCCCUCUGUGUCAGUGAGUCCCUCUGGUGAGAUCAUAGAGGGCAGCUCGGUGACUCUGACCUGCAGCAGUGAUGCUAACCCAGCAGCUCACUACACCUGGUACAAGGAGAACCGAGCUCUGCUUCAAGGACCAGAGGGCGUUUAUCGUCUCUCCUCCAUCAGCUCUGGGGACAGCGGGGUCUACUCCUGCAAGUCUGAGAAUCAGUACGGACGGAUCACCUCCAUGUCUCUACACUUAGACGUCCAGUACGCUCCAAAGCCUCCCUCUGUGUUAGUGAGUUCCUCUGGUGAGAUCAUGGAGGGCAGCUUGGUGACUCUGACCUGCAGCAGUGAUGCUAACCCAGCAGCUCACUACACCUGGUACAAGGAGGACGAGGACUCACCAACAGCAUCAGGACAAAUCUUCACCAUCACUAAUAUCACAGCUGAACAUGGUGGAAAGUAUCAGUGUGAGGCCCAGAACACACAUGGACGUAGUAAGGCCACCUUACACCUGACUGUUGGAGCAGAGAAGUCAGUGAUAAUCAUGAAUACCAUCAGGAGCACUCUGGUGGUCGUGCUGGUUCCAGUGCUUGUCUGGAUUCUGUGGACGAGGAUGAAGAAAACUCUGAGCUUGAAAUCAGAAGUGAAUGAAGCUGUGGAGAUGAUAGAGUUAGACAACUGUCCUGAGUAUGAUGACGUCACUGCUGCAGCACAGACAGAAGACACAGAGGAGCAGGAAGACCUGGUGUGAAGCCUUAGGUGCACUGUGAUUGGUUGAUGGAAGUAUUUAGGAGGAAACAGGAAGUAUCUGUCUCUCCAUCCCUGGUUGCAGCAGCAGCAGUUUGCAUGACCUUUAGAGCAAGAGUAUUGUUGUGUUGUGUCUUUUCUUUUUCUUUUCUGAUGGGUCCAGUCGUCCAGUUUUCACAGCUUUAUUUCUGUGAGCUUUAGUUCUGAUGUUGGUUUAGGUUGAAGGAAGAUCCUCAGAUCCUACGACCCUUUGUGGGUUGGUGUGUUGGGUUUUCCUUCUUUUGUCCAUUCUGCCGGCCUGUUGUUGAAGUUGUUGUCUUUUCUGCAAUAAAUUGAUUUUUUUUAUGCUGUUACCCUUUGAACUAUGUUGGACGUCUUGGGGAUGAAAUUUUGAGGCUGUGGUAACACCAUGUGACUCAUGUUGUGUCUUAUAUGUGAUAUUAAUGUGGUUAUUACAUGGAUAAUGAAUUAUUAUGUAUCGUGAUUUAUUGAUUCUUUCUUAAAUAAAUGUUUUGGUCUUUUGUUUUCACUCCUUA